AUGGCACACUGUACCAGAUACGGCGGUUAUCGGAAGAUAACAGAAUCGCGCAACUUCGAGCGUGCCUGCUGCAUGGAUGGGAGACCGCUGAGCUGUCCUGUCGUUGCAAGCAGUCCACCUUCCCAGCCAUUGGAAAUGAUGUUUAAGAAACUCAUCUGUUUCUGCCUGCUAGUAACGAUAGUUCGCACCGACUUAACGGACGAGAUCUCCAGCUCCAUAGACACAACUCCCACAACAUCCAACAGUGUGGUCAAAAAUUUAGAAGGAUUAAAGAAAGAUGGAGCAAACCCUAAGCAUAAUGGAAUUUCUCCUCGCUCUUCGGACUCGCUUUUCGGAAUUGGGAUCGGUGCAAAUCUCCUAGACGUGCAUGCAGGUGCAGGUAUAGGUCAUGGCCGUGGAGGAUAUGGUGAUAUGGGCCAAGGGUUUGUUGGCAAACCUGCGGGAGGCAAUUAUCCACAACAACCCCGGUAUCCGCAAUUCCCAUGGUAUCCACAACAUCCACGGUACCCUGGAUCCAUGGAACCACGAAUGCUCUUCUACCCAGAUUACCCUCCGGAUUAUGUACGCUUGUAG